GUUUACACGAGUCACAUGGGCGGCCCUUCGCGCCGCAGUUGGGUCGCCUUCGGGCCGGCCUCCCUCCCGCCUCCUUCCCGCCUCCCUGCCAACUGCAGCCUCGUCCCUGCGAAGGAGCCGUGGCCGCCGCCGCCGAGGAGGGAGGAGGGAAGGAGUCCCGCGGCUGCAAUGGCUGCCACCGGGAGCCGGGAGCGGAUCCUGUGUCUCUUCGACGUGGAUGGGACCCUCACCCCGCCUCGCCAGAAAAUUAAGCCUGAAGUAGACGAGUUUCUUCAAGAGCUGCGUACGAGAGUGUCAAUUGGGGUAGUGGGUGGCUCAGACUACUCCAAGAUAGCUGAGCAGCUGGGAGAAGGAGAUGAAGUUAUCGACAAGUUUGAUUACGUCUUUGCAGAAAAUGGCACCGUGCAGUACAAGAAUGGGCAGCUGGUCUCCAAGCAGGCUAUCCAGAACCACCUUGGGGAAGAACUUCUGCAGGAUCUCAUCAACUUCUGCCUCAAUUACAUGGCACUUCUAAAGCUGCCCAAGAAACGGGGGACGUUUAUUGAAUUUCGCAAUGGGAUGUUGAACAUCUCUCCUAUUGGUCGAAGCUGCACUUUGGAAGAACGAAUAGAAUUUUCAGAACUGGACAAGAAAGAGAGGAUUCGAGAGAAGUUUGUAGCUGCCUUGCAGAGGGAGUUUGCUGGCAAAGGCCUGCGGUUUUCCCGAGGUGGGAUGAUCAGCUUUGACGUCUUCCCUGAGGGCUGGGACAAGCGCUAUUGCCUCGAUAUCCUUGAGGAUGAGAGAUUCGAGACCAUCCAUUUCUUUGGGAAUGAGACAAGUCCAGGUGGGAAUGAUUAUGAAAUCUAUGACGACCCUCGCACGGUGGGGCACAGCAUCCAGUCUCCGCAAGACACAGUCCGGAGGUGCCAGGAGAUCUUCUUUCCAGAGACAGUGAAUGAAUCUUGACUCGUGGUGUCCCUGUUGCUCUCGAUCACUCGGAUGAGACCCUCACUCACCUUAGGAAAGCACCUUUUGGAUCCUUUCAGGACUUGCUGAGGCCCAAGGUCAAAAUGCACUUUGGAAACAGGAGCUGGAGUGUCAGAAAGGGAGGGGGAUGGUGAAAGCUGUUCAUCAGUUGCGCCAUCAUCUUGCUCCUGGGGAGCUGCAGAACCCCAAUUGCCAUACCCUCAUUCCCACCAAACGAGGUAAAGUGGUGUUGUUUAUGUUUAAAGUGAAACCCGUAUUCUAGUUAAGGCUUUUUCCCUUUCUUAUUAGGAAGCUAAUAAUCACCCUUCCCCACAGAUUCACCCAAAUGAACCUAUUUUUGAGAUGAUGAUUAUAAUGAUUGAAAUAAUUUAUAUACCCCCUUCCAUUUCUAGAAGAAAUGCCAAGGCGAUAUUUUUGAGAUGAAUCUCAGAAAGACACUAAAGUUAUAUUUAAAAGGAAGCAGGGCCUGUAGUGUUAGAAAUACAAGACCUGUCAAGUAUUUUCAUAUUCUUGACCCAUCAAUGUGGUUGGCAAAUUAUUUUUUGAGAGCCUUUUUAAUGUGUGAAAGGAGAGCGUAACCUGAACGAUAAAUAAUGGCCCCUCCUA